GUCUCUGGGAGCCACCUGCCCUUUUAGUAAUUGAGCGCGAUAGAGAGAGAGGGAGAUGAUGGAGAACCCGAACCCGAACCCGAACCCGAACCAGAACCAGAACCAGGCAAGACGAAGACUAGUUUGCAGGAGCGUGGUUCUAGUGCCAUGUCCAUUCCAAGGGCACGUAAGCCCCAUGUUGGAACUGGGCAGCGUCCUUCACUCCAAGGGCUUCUCCAUCACCAUUGCCCACUGCGAGGAGAUCAACCCUCCCAACCCUUCCAACCACCCUGAUUUCGCCUUCCUCCCCUUCCGCUUAAGCGGUGAUGAUCAUCAGGAUAUCUUCUCCGGUGGCGUUGAAGCUCUCUUUACAAGUCUUAACGCCAGAUCUGAAUCGCCGUUGAAAGAGUGCUUAGCUCAUCACUUGAAGAUGAUGCCGGAUCAGAAAGAGGGCCGAAUCUCCUGCAUCGUCGUCUACGACGCGCUCAUGUACACUGGGGAGGCGGCAGCUACUCAACUGAAGCUUCCAAGCCUUAUCUUAAGAACCAGUGAUGCUUCUGCCUUGCUGGCUUAUGGCGCCAUGGCCAGGCUCCAAGCCGCCGGCUAUUCUGAUAACUUCCCAGAUUCAAAAUUGCGUGAUCCAGUCCCCCAACUUCAUCCCCUAAGGUUCAAGGACCUACCCACCUCUAAACACCAAACUCUAGAAUCUCUAGUGCGGAUGGUUUCACUUGUUUGCAUCAAAAGAACAUCUUCAGCAAUUAUCUGGAACACCCUAGACUGGCUUGAGCAGCCAGCAAUGGCAAAACUCCAGCAACAGGAUCAAAUCCCCUUCUUCUCAGUCGGCCCUUUGUUCAAACUCGCCGUACCUCGCUGCCCCACCAACUUAAUGGAAGAGGACGCUGGCUGCAUCAGUUGGCUUGACAAGCAAAACCCUCAAUCUGUUCUUUACAUAAGCUUUGGAAGCCUAGAUUUCAUAGAUGAGAGAGAGCUGGCUGAGAUGGCCACCGGCCUGGCUAACAGUGGGCAGCCAUUCUUGUGGGCGAUUAGACCGGGCUCUGUCCUUGGCUCCCAGUGGAUUGAGCCGCUGCCUCCAGGUUUUGUAGAAGAAAUAGGGGAAAGAGGGCGCAUUGUGAAGUGGGCACCCCAAAGGGAAGUGUUGGCUCACAGCGCCAUUGGCGGGUUUUGGAGCCACUGCGGCUGGAACUCAACCCUCGAGAGCAUUUCUGAAGGGGUUCCGUUGAUGUGCAGCCCCCGGUUCGGCGAUCAGAAAGUGAGUGCAAGGUACAUAAGCUAUGUGUGGAAGGUGGGCUUGGAGUUGGAGACGGAAGUAAUGGAUAGGAAAGAGAUAGAGAGAGUGAUAAGAAGACUCAUGGUUGAUAAGGAAGGGAAAGAGAUCAGGGAAAGGGCUGCUGCUUUGAAGGAGAAGGUUGAGCUCAGCAUCAAGGCGGGUGGUUCCUCGUACAACGCCUUGAAUGCAUUAACAGAAUUUAUCUUAUCAUUGUGAUUGAAGACCAUAGAAUAUUGAAGCGAUAUUAAUUGAUUUGUAUUAGUUUGGUCUUGUAAAAGAAGAGAGUUCAGGGAGAGAAGAAAUUCUUGCUAUACAACAUCAAUCCUUCCUAGCUAAUACAAUUUAAGUCGAUCUCUUGUUUAAUUUCCCUUUGUUCCUCUGUUUCACAUUACCCUUAAAUUUAUCUGAAAUGUUU